AUGACUGAAGAUGCUCAGGUUAAUUCCUUAAAUGCUACUCUUCCGUCCUUUACUUCUUCUGCCAGCUAUCUCUCUGCAACUGUUAUCUGCUGCCUGCCCCAAAUUCUUGUGGAAAUGCAUAACUCAGGACAAAAUAUAUGGAUGAAAGACUCUGGAAUGGGAUGGAAAGAAAUGAUCAUUGAGCCGCUUGCCUCUAGAUAUGCAAAGUUCAGAUUCAAGCCACUAACUGAAGAAAUAAUGAGCAAGCGCAUACUUCAUAGAUGCCAAGAGCAAGGCCUGAAUUUGGAUCCGGAGGCACUUUCAUCAUUAACUUCCAUAGCACAAGGCGAUCUUCGUAGGGCUAUAACGUAUUUACAAUUCCUUUAUGUUUGUAUACUUCUUAUUGGGAAACUAAUGCUACAACUGUCUUCUUCGUUUUUGGAUUGUCAUUAUGGUGCUCGCAUAUUUGGAUCUUACAUUUCAUCUCAAGAGCUGAUUAGUGUUUCUGGGGCUCUCCAUUCAGCUUGUAGGAGUGGUAAUUUUGAUUUGGCCGACAAGGGAGCUAAGAAUGUAAUUGCAGAAGGAUAUCCUGUUUCUCAGGUGUUAUCACAGUUGUUCGAUAUAAUUGUCCAGUCAGAUGACAUAACCGAUGAACAGAAGUCAAGAAUAUGCAAAAAGCUGGCUGAGGCUGAUAAGUGUCUUGUUGAUGGAGCAGAUGAAUAUUUACAGCUGUUGGACGUCACCAGUAACACCAUGCGAGCAAUAUGCAACCUUCCCGAACAAUUUUCUUACGAGAGUUUGGUUUGUAAUUGGCCUCUUGCUGGAAAACAUGGUGGCCCCUGCAUGAAUUUGGAAUCAGGGAAAGAAGUUUUCAAUUGUAUUUCACUAAGGGUAUAUCCCAUUCGGCCGCCAGUGCCAGCUGUGGCUGGUUAUGAAGGAGUUGGAGAAGUGCACUGUGUGGGUUCUGGAGUGAAGGGUCUUUCGGCGGGUGAUUGGGUCAUCCCUUUUCCUCCUCCUUCAGGAGAUUCAAUUGUUCAAAAUGGGGCCACUAGUAUGGUUGGCCGAUGCAUCAUCCAGCUUGCACAUGAUCGAGGCGUACAUACAAUUAACAUCAUAAGAGACAGGCCUGGAUCUGAUGAAGUAGAAGAGAAACUGAAGCAACUUGGUGCAGAUGAAGUGUUUAGUGAGAAAGAACUGUUAAGUCAAAAGUGUUAAAGACCUCAUGGUAAUAUAUCUCAAAGAUAUUUAGUAUGUCAGCAUGGAUUCUCUUCGCAACCCUUCCCCGUACUGCCCUGUGGUUUUAUUAUUAUUAUUCUUAUUUACAAUUAAAAGAACUCUACGUUGACAAAAACUGUCUUAUAAAACUUGAACAAAAAGUGGC